AUUUUUAAAAUUUCCAUUAAUUUUUUUUUAUCAAAAAUUUUUUUUUGUGGCUUGAAACCUUCAUUAUUGGCUAUGGGAUCAACAGCAGAAGAGAUUGGAAAAGGAGGAAUCUGUAAGAUUAAUUGCGAAAAGUUGAUUGACGAUGACUUGGAAGAUGAUAUUGAAUGUUUGACAAAAAUUGUUGGAGAUUUCCAAAAAAGGAAUUGGGAAGAACCUUGGGGAGGACCUUCCUCGCUUUUCGUUCCAUUUCCUAUUUUUGAACAAAAAGAAAUUUUGGAAAGUUGUGAAGAACCUGAAACGAAAGCUUGGAGUUCAUUGAAAGAUUGUCUCACCAACUUCCCACACUUUGAAUACCACCAUUUUACAUCUGGCUUCGAAGGUGUUCCCGCAACGAAACACGAAUUUCCACACGCAGCUGCGAUUGGUUGGACAGAUCCUGACACAAAUUCAAUCAAAUGGGGAUGCGGAGGAUCUCUCAUCACGGAAGAUGUGAUUUUGACAGCAUCUCAUUGUACGAUGAACCGUGAAAAGCAGGCACCGGAUGUCGUUCGUCUCGGAGAUUUGAACAUUGAAUCAGAUCACGAAGACACGGACGCUCAACAGUUCAAAGUUCACUCGAUCAUUCGACAUCCGGAUUUCAAAUUGCGAUAUCACGAUAUUGCCCUCAUCAAACUCGAUCGAAGAGUUAACAUCACAAAUUUCGUGAUGCCAGCUUGUUUGUGGGACAAGUUUGAGCUGCCACGAGAUGUUGAGCUCGAAGCUUGCGGUUAUGGUCAAACGGAGUUCAUGGGACCUAUUUCGCCGGUUCUGAUCAAAGUUGUUGUCACCGAAGUUGGUAAAGACGAAUGUCAGAGCUAUUAUGAUGAUGAUCGGAAGUUGAGAAACGGAUUAGAUGGCAGGAUUCAUCUUUGUGCAAACGAUAAAACAGGUCACCAGAUGGAUACGUGCGACGGUGAUUCAGGAGGUCCGUUGGAGAUGAAGUUGCUGAAUUACGACUUGAAAGUUCCUUUUCUGGUUGGAGUUACAGCCUUUGGUAAAGUAUGUGGUUUUGACUCACCUGCAGUUUAUACAAGAGUAUCUGCCUAUAUGGAAUGGAUCAAAAAAUUUGUUCCUGAAGUUGAAAGUGAUCCAUUAAAGUGUUCUCAACAAUAUAUGGAGUAUCGACAGAUCGUGAAUCGAAUCGGAAACAAUUUUGACCCACAAAAACCUCUUUUAAGUUCUUCCAAUGACCAAGUUGCUACAGCUACGAUAAUCUCGGAUCAAUAUUUGAUAACGACAGCUUCAAGCCUUCAAAAACUUUCAACGAAACCAGAUCGAGUUCAACUUCAGUCAAACCAAAGCCAGAUAAUGAUCGAGAAAAUCAUCAACCAUCCCAAAUAUUCUGAAGGCAAAUUGGAAAACGAUGUUGCUCUCAUUAAACUUCAUAAUCGCAUCAGAUGGUGUCAAGCUGAUCAUCCAUCUUGUCUUAGCGAAAAUUCAUUCGAAAUCAUUGCACCAACUUUUCAACAAGAAACUUACAUCAAUAGACCAAACUUUGAUUCUAAAUAUCGAAACAUUUCAACUAUAUAUUGUCUUGAAUCUAAUCAGCUUUGUUACAAAAGUGAUUUUUACCAUAUUCCUGGUUUAUGUUACGUUCCAAGUAGUUCUCCAAUUGUCAAGGAAUAUUUUCCUACAAAUCAGUUACAAACACUUGUCGAAGGCUUGGCAAUCAAAAGUGAUGAUUGUACCUUCACGAGAGCUGUAGAUGUUUCGAAACACUUUAAUUGGAUCAAUUCUGUUGUUUUUGAGAAUGAAGUUGAUGCACCCGUUUUUAAUGAAGACUCGGCUUUGAAAAGAGGAGAAAUUUGUUAA